AUGGUUAAAGAAACCAAGCUCUACGACACCCUCGGCGUCGCGCCGACGGCUACCGAGCAGGAAUUGAAGAAGGCGUACAAGACAAAUGCUCUCAAGUACCACCCUGACAAGAACGCACACAACCCCGAUGCGGAAGAGAAGUUCAAGGAGAUUUCCCACGCCUACGAAAUCCUUUCCGAUUCCCAGAAGCGCACCAUCUACGACCAAUAUGGCGAGGCUGGUCUUGAGGGCGGUGCUGGCGGCGGUGGUGGCAUGGCUGCCGAGGAUCUCUUCGCUCAGUUCUUCGGCUCUGGCAGCUUCGGCGGCGGUCUCGGCGGAAUGUUCGGCGGCGGCGGCGGCAUGCCCAACCGUGGCCCUCCCAAGGCUCGCACAAUUCACCACACCCACAAGGUUGAGUUCCGCGGCGAGGGUGACCAGGCCCCUGGCAUCCAGGCCGGUGACGUCGUUUUCGAGAUCGAGCAGAAGCCCCACCCCCGCUUCACCCGCAAGGAUGACGACCUCUUGUACCAGUGCGAGAUUGAGCUGGUGACCGCGCUGGCUGGUGGAACCAUCUACAUUGAGCACCUUGACGAGAGGUGGCUCAGCAUCGAGAUCCACCCCGGUGAAGCUAUUGCACCAGACGCUGUCAAGAUGGUCCGUGGCCAGGGUAUGCCUUCUCCUAGACACCACGACUUCGGAAACCUCUACAUCCAGUUCAACGUCAAGUUCCCUGAGAAGGGCUGGACGGAGGACCCCGCCGCCUUCGAGGCUCUCCAGAAGCUGCUUCCUGCCCCUUCGCUGCAGACCGUGCCUCCCCCUGAGGCUAUGACCGAGCCCGCGGACCUCGAGGAUCUGGACAACACCUCCCAGGCUAGUGUCUUUGGCGGUGCCGGCGGCUCCAUGGACGAGGACGACGAAGAUGGACACCCCGGUGCCGAGCGCGUGCAGUGCGCUUCCCAGUAA